AUGGGUGGGGUGGUGGGUGCAGUGGGGGGCAAGGGAGGCGGCCUGCAGCAGGGCCCGGGAGGGGGCGUGGCCGGGGCGUGGCGCGCGGGGAGGGGCGUGUCCAGCCGCCCGGGCCCCGCCCCCGCGGCCGGGCCCUGUGCGCAGGCGCUCGUUCUCCUCAGCGAGGCGGCGCCGGGGGUCGAGGCCUACUCGGGCGUGGUCGCGCGUGGGGUUGGCGCGUGUGGCCGGCGGGCGCUGCGGAGGGGGUCGCGGGCGCCGAAGCUCUGUGAGGGCGGGAACCGAGGACGGAACGAAACCGCGCCCGUCGGACCGCCUUCCGCGGCGUGUGGAGGGGGUGGGGGGCGUCGCCGUCGGGGUCCCUCGUCCCCCUCACAGCCAUCCCCGCGCGGCCGUGGCCUGCGCGUGAGGCCUCGCAAGGUUCGCGUCCCGGGGGUCGGCUCCGCCGAGGUGGUCGUGGCGCGUCCGGCCAGUGGACGGCCGCAGCCCGGCCCGAGGAAGGUUCGAGAUAAAAGUUUGCUGUGUACCCCGGAGAAAGGCCACCGGGCGGUGGGCAAGCUGUCCCCGGGACGGAGCCGGCCGUGGCUCUGCUGCUUUUUGGUUUUGGUGCCUUUGGAGGAACAUUGGGAAAUGAGCCAGCCGCUGGCUGUUGCUCAGGGCUCUGUGUCGUUCGAGGACGUGGCUGUGGACUUCAGCCAGGAGGAGUGGCUGCAGCUGAGCGGUGUUCAGAGGAUGCUGUACCGGGAUGUGAUGCUGGAGACCUACGGCCACCUGGUCUCUGUGGGCUGCUACAUCACCAAACCAGAUGUGAUCUAUAAAUUGGAGCGAGGAGAAGAACCGUGGACAGUGGAAAGAGGACUCGCAGGCCAGACUUGCUCAAUUUUCAUUGUGCAGCUGUUCACUGCAGGACUGCUGAGUGCCUCUAAGGCCGUGACGAGCAGCAGCCUGGAAGAGCACGCCAGUGGACACAGGGAAAGUGUCACAGCCCCUGCGAAGGCAGGCCGUGAAAGUCGCCAGAAAAUUCAGUCAGGAAAGAAGCUCUGUGUGUGUGAUGAGUGUGGGAAAUGUUUUCGUCAUAACUCAGCCCUAAAAAUCCACCAGAGGAUUCACACGGGGGAGAAACCCUAUCAGUGCAGUGAGUGUGGGAAAUCCUUCUAUGCGCAGUCCAACUUCAAUCUCCACCGGAGGACACACACAGGGGAGAAACCUUACGAGUGUAAGGAAUGUGGGAAAGCCUUCUGUGUGAAGUCAAACCUAACAAAACACCAGAAAACCCACACAGGAGAGAAACCUUUCAAGUGCGAUGAAUGUGGGAAAACUUUCUACCAGAGGUCCCAGUUUGAAGACCAUCAGAGAACCCACACAGGGGAGAAACCAUAUGAAUGUAAUGAGUGUGGAAAAUCCUUUUGCUAUAAGUCAGCCCUGAUUACUCAUCAGGUAACUCACACAGGGGAAAAACCAUAUAACUGUGAUGAGUGUGGAAAAGCUUUCUGCAUGAAGUCAAAUCUCACUAAACAUCGGAAAAUUCACACAGGGGAGAAGCCCUAUGGAUGCAGCGAGUGUGGCAAGUCCUUCUCCAUGAAUUCAGACCUUGUUGUGCAUCGGCGGACGCACACGGGGGAGAAGCCCUAUGAAUGCAGCGAAUGCGACAAAUCUUUUUAUAAGAAGUCAGCCCUCACGAAGCACCAGAGGACUCACACGGGGGAGAAGCCGUAUGAAUGCAGCGAAUGUGGGAAGUGCUUCCACACCAAGUCAGUCCUAGUGGUCCACCAGAAAACUCACACAGGAGAAAAGCCCUAUAAGUGUAAUGAGUGUGACAGGUCAUUCUAUGUGAAAUCACUUCUCAAUAUUCAUCAGAGAGAUCAUACUGGGAAGAAACCCCAUGUGUGUAACGAGUGUGGGAAAGCGUUUUCCAUUAAAUCAAAUCUUGUUGAUCAUCAGAGAACACAUUCGGAAGAGAAACCCUAUGAAUGCACUGAAUGUAAGAAAAGCUUUCGCCAUAAAUCAACCUUGACUGUACAUCAGAGAACUCACACGGGUGAGAAGCCCUAUAAAUGCAAUGAGUGUGGGAAAUCUUUCUAUAUGAAGUCAGCCCUCAGUCAACAUCAAAGAACACACACGGGGGAGAAGCCCUAUGAGUGUAAGGAGUGCGGGAAAGCUUUCUUCCAGAAGUCGCACCUCACCAAGCAUCAACGGACACACACGGGGGAGAAGCCCUUCGAGUGCAGUGAGUGCGGGAAAACCUUCUUCCAGAAGUCCCACCUCGUCGAACAUCAGAGAACACACACGGGGGAGAAGCCCCACGAGUGUGGUGCAUGUGGGAAGGCCUUCUGCUACAGGUCAGCCCUGACCAUACACCAGAGAACGCACACCGAAGAGAAGCCAUACAAGUGUAAUGAGUGUGACAGAUCUUUCUGUAUGAAGUCCCACCUCACCGUGCAUCAGAGAACUCACACAGGGAAGAACCCCUUUGAGUGUAAUGACUGCGGGAAGGCGUUCUACGUGAAGUCCAACCUCGUCAGUCAUCAGAGGACUCACACAGGAGAGAAGCCCUAUGACUGUAGUAGGUGUGGGAAAUCCUUCUGUAAGAAGUCAGCCCUCAAGUCCCACCAGUGGACGCACACGGGGGAGAGACCCUGUGAGUGCCCUCAAUGUGGGAAGACUUUCUCCACAAAGUCAGCUCUUAGCAGUCACCAGAUAAUUCACACGCGAGUGAUACCAUAAGUUCUUACAGAUGUGGGAAAUUCUGCGUCACGUCAAGUUUUCUUACCCCAGAGAGAACUCACAAGUGGUACUUUGUGGAUGUGCUUGGGUGGGAACCAUUUUAGGUAUAAAGUCAGCCUUUAAUUGAAAACA